CUCACCUCCUCAUACGGCACAGCACUGCACUGCACCACAACAGCAUCGCCUCCCACCUGGUUACCCGCUAACCAUGCUUAGCCUCAUCAGACUACCUCGCGUCUUCACCGUCCACCAAGUGCCAAAAGCAUUCCAGGAGGACAGCAUCAUUUCAGGCUACCGCCAUCCCCGCAGUUCAGCCACCGACUGCGUCCUCAGCCUCUUCCAGCUGACCAAUGAGACGCUGAAUAUCUGGACCCACUUCCUUCCCACAUGGUACUUCCUGUGGAAGCUGCUGACGGUGGUGCUGAUGCAGGACGUGUGGCACGACGCCUACACCUGGCCGCUGCUGGUGUUCCUGGUGUCCUGCUGCGUGUACCCGCUGGCCUCCAGCUGUGCCCACACCUUCAGCUCCAUGUCCACCAGCGCCCGCCACAUCUGCUUCUUCUUCGACUACGGCGCCAUCAGCUUAUACAGCCUAGGCUCAGCCGUCACGUACUCUGCUUACGUAAUGCCAGAUGGCUGGUUGAAUAGUACCUUUCACAAGUACUUCAUCUCCAUUGCCGUCUUUAACACAAUCAUCUCCACCGCUAUGGCUUGUUACUCCAGGCUUGGCUUACCAUUUCUCCACUAUAACCAUGACACCCUUAAAAGGUUUCCUGAGUGCCAAAGCCCAAAGCUGGGGCAGCUGAUCCGCAUACUGUCCUUCGCCUUCCCUUACCUGUUUGACAACAUCCCCCUCUUCUAUAGGCUGUUUGUGUGUGCUGGCGAAGGCUGCACGGUGAACGAUGCCAACGCGCUGCACUACCGCCACAUCGCCCUGGCGUUCCUCACCGCAUUCCUGUGUGCCACUCACCUGCCCGAACGCUUGGCACCGGGCCGCUUUGACUUCAUAGGCCACAGCCACCAGCUGUUCCACGUGUCGGGGAUCAUCGGGACACACUUCCAGAUGCAGGCCAUCGAGACGGACAUGCGCCUGCGCCGCCAGUGGCUCUCGGAGCGCUCGGCGCCCAUCACGCUCUCGGGGACGUUGGGAGCGGCCGCCCUGUGCGUCUCCAUCAGCCUGGUCAUCAUCUACCUCUUCAGCCUCUGCCUCCUGUGGAGCCCCACCACCGCCAAAGCCAAAGCCAACGCAAAAACACGAGCGAGAAAGCACUAGUGGCUGUGUGUGUGUGUGUGUGUGUGUGUGUGUGUGUGUGUGUGUGUGUGUGUGUGCGUGUGUGUGUGUGUGUGUGUGUGUGUGUGUGUGCGUGAGAGAGUGCCUGUUGAUACUGGACUGGGGCCAGUUCAACAACAAAGACUUGGUGGUGCUUUGUGAGGAGUUUGACGACCUUUCACGACCUCGACUAUGCAGUACACUGAGAGGGUAUACUCUAAUCAGCUAUGAUUCACAGACGCAACAUGCCUAGGAAGUCAGGGUGGAUGAAAAACAAACAGUGGAACCAGACCUGUAAGAGAACAGAGAAUGUGAGACUGAGAGAGAGAAACAGACAGACAGACAGAGAGAAGACAGAGACAGUGACAAAAGGAUUUACACUUUUCAAAAUCAGGUGUAGAUAUUUGACCGUUUCUAGAGCAAGGCCAUUAUCAGAAGGAUUUUCACAAGUGUUUUCCUCACCUGUGUAGUUUCUCUCUUCACUUCAGGCAAGGGCAUGUCUGUUUACUCUCUCUGGAUAUGAAUCAUUCUCUCUUGCGAUUAUUUUUGGCCGGUCUACUUAACUGUCACUGUUAAUUGAAGAUGAAUCCACUGAGCUUCAAAAACAAAACAAAGUUUAUUACAUGGUGUGAAGUAUUCAUAUUUGAUCUGACUAUGUGCUUCCACGCACUGAUCUGUUAUGUUACAAAACCACCUCAGGAUAUAAUUUUCAUAAUGCUGUUUUAUUUCUGCAGUGGCUAAAGACCUUUUUUUACUGGUUAACUGAGACAUCCAUCCCUUAUUAGGAAAGGGUGUUCGGACAGGUUGCCAAACCUUUUCCACUGUCAGUCUAAGAGAUGUUAAUUUUGUUUUUUUGCGCUUUCAAUUUGUGACAUACACGAUGAAGAAUGUGGAAGUACCUGCUCGUUGUGGUGACAGCAGAGACGGAUACCCCCUCAGCGCUCUAUGAUGUCUUGUUAUGACCGUGAAGACAGAAAGGGGCUGCUUUCAGCUCCGCCAUUUCUGAAGGCACUUAGAGAAUUAUUUAUGAAAGACAGCAAUGUAGAUUGUCUGCAGAAUAUUUAACUUGUUGCGCUGAAGCCAGACGACUUUGAUGGGUGAAUUGUAUUGGCUGGCUGUACUGGAGUCUGUUCCCUGAUGUUGUAGGCUAAUUUAUGUUUUUUUUGUUGUUUUUUUUUCAAAAUAAAUGUUACCUUUUCAUAUUAUAUAGAUACACAUAUAAAAUGCUUGAUGUUUUCCGGUUUUCUAGAUAUCAAAUAUUUAUAAUAUACUAAAUAUUUUGAUCAAAACAAGCACUUUUGUGAUUUUGAUUGUCAAAUACUUUUAGCCAAUGGGGCCAAGUCAUACACUGGCUAGUUGAGUGUUAUUUUCUUAUAUCUUUGUUUUUCCUUCAGGUGACUUUGUCAACACCCAUCAAAGUCACAACCAAAACAAAGAUUUCACACAAUACUACAGAGACUUCCACUUAUGAAUAAGUCAAGUGACUGGAAUGACUGUUGAUAAACAAUCAGCCAAAACAUACUCCGCUAAGGUGUUGACCUGCCAAAACCUUAAUCUUAAGUCUGUGCAUACACUAUGAAGCAGGCCAAGAGCACAACACAUACUAUAUGGAAAAGCAAUGUAGAAUACGACUAUGACUCUCGAUAAAAAGUGUGCUAUAGCAUUUAAUAACAUCAUUGUUUUCUUACUGUUUUUUUUUUACUUGUUAUAUUAUUGUUGAGUGUUUGAGAGCAAAGAUUAGAUGGAGUCAAAUUCCUUGUUUGUUUACGCAAACCUGGCCAAUAAAUCUGAAUCUGAUUCUGAUGACGACUUACUACACGUGCGCUAUUCUGUAAACAAGUUAUGAGGUACUUUGAAGAUUAAACAGAGACUGUAUGG